AUGGAAAAUUAUUUGCCUUAUCUCAAGGAAGGUGGAAAGGCAAAGUUACAAACAGAUCUUACAGAAGCUGCAGAACCUUUAGAGUUCAUUAGCAAACUAUCAUCUUUCGAGUAUAUCGAUAAAAAUGAUCUCGGACCAUUUUAUAAUCUCAUGGGUACUCUAAAUCGUUCAACAACAGAUGUAUUUUCUGAUAUUUUGAGACAACAGCUUAUUGAAUUCAAGCAAAAAAUACUCACAAUGAAUCAAGAAGAGCUUAGAAUUUUAGUUAAAGAAAUUGAACCUUUUUCUGAAAUCGGAGAGUUUCAAGAAUUACUCAAAAUUGCUCUUUCUAGAGUUCCUAAGAUAUCUCAAGUUGGGCCUCUUCCUGAAUCCGUGGAACAAAAUUUGACUCCAAAAGAAAAGGCAGAUAUCUAUAUUCAUGAUACAGCAAAGUUUAACGAAUGGCUAGAUUCACUGUUUUCUACAGCCAUGUUAGACUUUUCGAAUGAUGAUUUUGGAUAUCAUUCUCUUUUCAAAGAAAUCGCGCCUAUUGUUUUCCAAAAGCGUAGACUUGCAGUUCUUACUAAUGAGUAUUGCGAAAAUCAGUUCGAAAUGUCAAGCCAUCCAAUUUAUACGAUAAUAAGGUUUUACAUGGCCAUUUUUAAUUCCCCAAUUGCUCAAAUUGACUUUGCAAGACCAUUAGCACUCAUUAUUUACGGCUCUUUCCAUGGAGUUAAAGCAAAUAUCCAGUUAAUGAAAGAAGCAUCUCAAUUAGCUGGUGCAAAACUUGCUCACAUAAUAUUUUCAGUACCACAAGUUACUAUGACUAGUAAAGUUUUGUACUAUGGCGAAUUCUUUGGCUUUACGCAUGAAGAAAACAAAAAAUUCAUUCAAGAUCUCGAACGUGAUAACGAUUACACUUUGGCAAGGUUGUCAAACAGUACUUUAUACUGUAGAAUUGCUACAAUUGCUUGGAUUCAAGGAAUAAAAAUAAAUCAACAAACAAUCAAGUUUCUUUCGAUUUCCGAGCCACAAACAGAUCUAGGACUUAUUAUGGCUCGUAAAUAUAAGAAAGAGUAUGAUGUUGUCCUUCAGAAUUGGGCUCAAAAGAAUUCAUGGAUUUAUAUUGAUUAUCUGACAAGAAUUAAGGCAAGUGGACUAGAGGUACCUGCUUUUACGACAAAGCCUGAUUUAACCCCACAGCAGGCAUCAAUAGCUCAAGUUCUUUUAUUAUUAUAA